AUGAAUUUCAGGCCUGACUUGACGACCAUUGCUGAGCUCUCUGAUACAUCACUCAGUCUCGCGAAAUCUUUCGGCUCUUCUUCCGGUGGCUCGAACCUAGCAAGUGUUCGGCGGAGCAUUCUCAGCGGACUCAACUCAAGAACUAAUCAGUUUGACGAUGACUCCGUCGUCGAGCAGCUUUCCGAGCCCUCAGAAAUAAUAGAAGAAGAUGAUAAGCCAUUUAGACCAAAUCAAAAUUUGCGAAUCUCGAAUAUGCCGAUUCAAAAGAGCUUCGACGACACGCCCGUCGGAGGAUCAGUUGGCAAGGAAAAUUUUAUCGAAUCCAGUACAUCUUCAACUGGACGAGCUGGAGAUGCAAAGCCCAAGCGUCCGUUUCUAAAACGGGGACAAGGAAGGAAUGCCUGUGCCGCCGGGGCAAGAGCUCUUGAGCUUCAAAAACGCCAGGAACGAGCGAAAAAAGCAGGGUUUUCGAAGCCCGCUCCACAAAAACCCAAACCAACCAAAACUUCAAAAGCAAAAGCACCUUCUUCACAAACAACAACACGAAAAGUGACUUCGAAAAACCGACCAAAACAAAGUGAAUGCCUUACUACUCAGCUUCAACCGAAAAAAGGCGCUAAAACCGCGCCGAUUCCGUUGGUCAGACCAUCACAACAAAAAUUCUCCAAGACGUCAGUCCCCGCUAAAAAGACCGUCGGUCCCUCUUCAAGUUCAAGUUCGUCCAAACUCCCUGCCGCUCAUCCUUCUGUUCAUCCUUCAGCUGGCUCUGUUCCCUCGUUACCUUCAGUAUCACUCCAUCAAAGCGCCCCGUUUCACCUGAUCGCUAGUCAACACCUCAAGAACGCUGACCUCCAAGGCUACAACGACUCAAUUGAUAUUUCCAUCGCCAAUGAAAGGCAGCAAGACAUAAUCCUUCGCGAACUAGAAAAGAAGGAAGAUGAGGAAUUCGCGCUCAUGGAAAAGAUCAUUUCAACCAACCCCGAGUUGACUGUUAAUUCCGUUGAAAAAGAACUCGCGAGCAUAAAGAUGGACGAUUAUGAAAUUGAAGAUGAGUAUGGCGAAAUUGCUGAGGACGGUGAUACGACUGUCGAAGGGGCGAACAGCUUUGAUCCGGGAAAAUAUGGAGAGGAUGAGUCGGACAGCUUUAUUGCUGCGGGAAAUCGAUUCAGGACUCCGGAGAUUCCAGAAGAUAAACCUGUUAUGACCAGAAAAAGUAAUAGAUUUCAAGUACCUGAAAACUUCUCUCUGCCGAGUUCUGUGCUUGAUUCCGAAGAAGAAAACUCUCCUUACGGCUUCAAUCGCGGCUUCAUGGCUCAGAGCAAAAUGAGUUUCUCCGAUUCCGAGCCCUGGGAUAAAGAAGAAGCGGAAGAGGAAGAUGACCGUACACCGAGUUUCUCAACUCCGACAAAAGAAGUUGCGAAGCCAACGAAUCUCAUGUCGAAGAUGUUUAAUGCGCAGUUUAAAAAAGUUCACGACGAAGAACUCAAAGUUCAGAAAAAGGAGCAGAGCAAGGUUGACGAAAUUGAAAAGCUCAAGGCAGAUCUGGAGAGGGAGAAACAGGAUGUUCAUGUGAUGAAGCUUAAAUUUGCGAGAGAAACGAAAGCCCUUGAACAGCUGAGACAAGAACGAUCACGAGAGCAAGAAGUUUUCAACCUGAACAUGACCCGUAUGAAAAACGACUAUCUCUCAAAAAUGAAAGACCUGGAAACUCGCGAACGAGAAAUGUCUUUGAGAGAAAAAGAGGGCAAACGACUUACAAUGCUUCAGCGAGACAGUGAAAAAGCUGGUCUAGCUCGGCGAAAAGAACUCGACAAGCUUAGAGUCCAAUACGACGAAAAAUUGAAAGAAAUUGCGGAGAAAAACGCACGCUUGCAAGCGCAAAACUCGAGAUACAAAACAGAAAAUGAACGACUGGAGAAACUUUAUCAAGCGACAAAGAAUGAGAAUGUAAAGCUGAACGAGCAAAUUGAUAAUUUGAUAAAGAACACGAAGAGAAAGGAGGGAAACACUUGGAAAGAAAUAAACAGAAUUGUUGAGCAAGCUACAAAACCAGCUACAAGUCAAACUGGCAGAAGAGCGAGAAGCCCAGACAACAUUCUGCGGAAAUCUAUGCGAAAACACGAUAGUCUCAACAUCUCUAGCGCCUCAAGUGGCAACUCUCACUCAAAUCUAUCACAUUCCUGCUCAAAUACUCAAAUGUUCACCGAUGUUCCUUGCACAGUCCCUUCUGGAGCCGUUAUCAAUUCAACUACAGAUAACGGAGCAUUCGUCCAACGACUUGCAUCAGGAAAAACCAUCACAAAGUUUGAAAACGGAACGAUAAAGGAAGUCUCUGCUGAUGGUAAGACAAUCGUGCAAAAAUACCAAAACGGCGAUAUAGAACACGUAUUCCCAGACGGAAAAACGGUGUAUUUUUACGCAGAAAACGGCGCAACGCAGACUAAAAAUGCCGACUCAUCAUCAAUCAUCGAGUUUGCCACUGGCCAGAAGGAAAUUUCACAUGCAGAUGGAACGAAAGAAAUCGUCUUCCCCGAUAAAGUUAGGGAAAUUAUUUCAAUAUCGGGGAGGAAAGAAACGAUUCAUACAGACGGAGUUAGGAAAAUACUCGAAGUCAAUGGGGAUGAGAUCGUUUUAUUUCCUGAUGGCCAAAAGGAAACAAGGACGAAAGAAUUCCGCCGCCGCGAGCUUCCAGACGGAACGACGAAGACCAUCUUCCUGCACAACAAGUACACCGAAACGCGCUAUGCAACCGGCCGGGUGCGCAUCAAAGACGACAAGGGCAACAUCAUCGUCGAUCGCGUUGCAAGCUGA